AUGGAAUCAAGUUGCGUUCCAAACAAAAAACCAGAGUACGGCUUGAUCAUUCUGGGUAAUACUGAAGUCGAUAAAAGUUAUAUUGGCAACCUGAUAGUUGGGUAUGAAAUAUUCAAACCAUGUGCUCGAGGAGAAGGGAUCAAAUCUGGCGUAGAUUACCACCGAAUCGAUACUGGAUCGAGUGAUCUUCUUGUAUACAACAUGCCAGGAUUGAUCGAAACAAAUCAAAAACAAAUCGAGCGUAACAAACGCGAAAUUAUGAAAGUCUUUGAACAAUAUCCUCUGUCGAUUGUUGUGUUUGUAUGGACACAAGUGGAUGGAAGACCGCAACCGGAUGAUAUUAUCAUGUUCAGAGCUCUUCAAGAAGCCUACAAGUUUCCGUGUACAUCUUUAAUAUUUCUCUUGAACGAUGUACCAAACAAACGAUCACCAACGUACGAAGGGCGAUUUUUGGCAUUGCUUACAAAGUUGUUGAACCCGAUGCCAAUCUCAUUGGAAAAUAUGAUUUUCCUCGAUGCAUUCAAUUCCGGAGAUAACGACACGUUUGAUGCAACACGUAAUCGAUUGCUUUAUUUUAUCGCAGAGCAUCGCGAAAGUUGCCAAAAACUACAAGUUGAACUCAUCGUGCGCUCCAAUGAACUUUGCCUGUUGAGAGAAGCGAUACGACGUCAAUAUUUGGAGAUAGAAAAUAAUAAACAAACGUUCGAACUUCAAGUAAUGCUAAUGACAGAAGCAUAUGCAGUCUUUAGAAAAAAUCAAGAAAAACGAUAUCAAGAUAUGAUGGUGUAUUUGGAAUUGGUAAAAGAGCAAGUAGCAACCGAAGAAGAGAAAAAAGCAGGUCUAAAGGGACAAUGCCAGCAAUUUUGGAAAAAACUUGAAGAUGAAAAAGGAAUCUGUAAGAAAGUAGGAAAAGGCUACAAAAUUGUCAAGCACGAGUUAUGCGAUAAAUACAAAUGUAGCAAAAAUGAUAACGAAAUAGAUUGUGCAAUACCUUGCAAACCGUGUGGUGAUAAUUCUGGCUUGAGUGUUCUUAUUGGUAGCGGUCUUUCUGCAGCAUCUCUGGGUGUAGCUGGUGCUGUUCUCGGUGGCGCUGUCGGUGUUGUUCUAGGCCCUUGUGCAAUCGCUACUGCCGCUGCUGGUGCUGCUGCUGGUGCUGGCUUAGGCGGUAUCAGUGGUGCGAUUAUUACUCUUUAUAUAAAUCGAAAGAAAGGACGUUCUAAAGUUCGAAAGAACUGUUAA